AUGGCCGAGUUAUGCAAUCUAUUGACAUGCCGGCUGUGCUUGCAGAAACAGUUUCAGCUAUUACCAAUGUUCCCCGCCAACGAACCGGUCAACGAUGAGCUGCUGCGGAAGAUCUACGAAUGUGCUGCGGUACGAAUAUCGUACGAGUACGAUCAAAGUUCCGUCAUCUGCAUCAAGUGUAUCGUGGAUGUGGAACAGUUCUACGCCUUCAAGCAACGGUGCAUCGAAAGUGAUUCUUUGUUUCAGAAAAUACGUCUCGGCUGUAAUGAUCGGGGAGGACUGGACGAGAGUGAGUUUGAAAAUGCCCCAUUAGCGGAAGUUGAUUUUAUAGAACCAAUCACUAAUCUGGAGCAGUACGAUGGACCGAGGACUAUAGACAGUUUCAUUGGAGGACUCUCCAAGCUGCUGCACGUCGGUUAUAAUUACCGCGUCGUACGAGUGAAUGACGAAUGCGAUGUGCUGGUGUACCGUAACCAUCGGUUUUAUCAACCUACCAAAGCAACCGAAUCGAGCCAAUGGAUUUGUGUUGCAAGCGGUUCCAACGGCUGUCCGGCUCGGUUAACCAUCUCUUCUAAAACUGGCUUCCCGUUAGCGCUGUUCACCAAACGCAUCCGACACAACCAUUCCGAAGCGUUGGUGCAAAUGAUAGAUUCAGCGGAAGCUUGCCAAGAGGAAGUCGUGCAAGUACUGCCAAAGUAUGCUCUUGUCCUAUGCGCUGAUCGACGGUUGCGUUUGCUAACCGAAGGGUACCGUUAUCGUUUGCGGAAGGCAUUAUAUCGCACCGGACAAAGCUUCUGGGGCUGUGUGCGGUCCGACUGCACAGCUCACGUUACGCUAUCGUAUGACGACAUCCGGACGUGUGCGAUCGGCGACCAACCACAUAGUCAUGAAGCGGAAGGAAGUGACUUUUUGCCUUCUUCGAAUCCAAGCACUGAGCUCAUGGCCCAACAGGAACCAAAGCGUGGAAAAACUGGUCUUAACUAUUACAUAGCCGACGAGUUAUUAGUGUAUAGUGGGAACUAUUACAAGGCACUUAACGAGACAGAAGACAACUCCACCACCAGUGUGUGGAAAUGUACGGUUAAGGAUUGUGCCGCAAAGGUGCAGUUGCAUGUAAAGUACGCCACAAUGAUCAACGGCAACCAUAAUCACGUUAAACAAAUAACUAAAAGCAAGAACCAGUUGGUAAAGCGCACGGUACAGCAGGGCGUUAAUUAUCGUUUGAUCGUAGAAGAGCACGGAUUUAUCAGAUUGUUGUAUCGGAAGCAAAAGUACACCUAUCGUAAGAUACUUCCAGGUGGCACCGCGGAAUGGGCCUGCAUUUGGAAAGGUUUGGGUUGUAAGGCACAGCUUCGAUUGCUGCCCGACGAACAGCUUGUCUAUAGCUGCACCGAGAGCACCAUCAAGCACGUGCAUCGUGUAGGGAAUGUACUUGAAACACAUUUUCCUCCCAGACAAGCAACGCAACGCUCUCCUGCCUGCGAGACAAACCUUUGGACUACUUCGACCUACGAGCUUUUGUGGAACCAAAACAGCAAACCGAUCAUUCGCCGGCAGCUUGAUCGAUACUAUGCCCGGACAGCAUUCCCACACGGAACAAUCGAAUGGCAUUGUGUUCGUGGCAUUAACACACUAUGCAAAGCGACCGUUACGAUCGACAAGUACGGUGCGAUCAUUGCCGAACACUCAGUACACGAUCACGAUAGAAUGCGCCAGAAUGGCAUAACAGUACGUCAGCUUGGGCAAAACCCUUCGACGCGCGAUAUCUUUACCAGUCCUGGGCCUGUAAGCUUACUGGCCGGUGGUUUCAACUAUCGGCGAAUGCACGACGAACACUUGAAUAUUGACAUUAUUGUACACGUCGCUCACAAGUACUUAUCUGACGGUCCAGAGUCGAACGGGUACCAUUGUAUUAUGCGUGACGAACCGCAAGCCUGCCCGGGGAAAAUCAUACUCACCAACUAUGCUCUCUGUGCCGAGAUAUUGGCGGCACAUAAUCAUCUCGCUCGCACGGUGCCGAAGAUUCCCGAGCCGGAUCGUACCGCGCAGGUAGUCAUAGAAGGUCCCAACUACGAACUGAUAUACUCGAUGACCGGCCGCAACUGUUUGUUGCUACACGAAGGGCACGUGUUCCGCAUGUACAAGCUGCUGGAACCGUCGCAAACAUCUCGAUGGCGCUGUAUCCACGCCGAGGUCGGCUGUAAAGCGUUCCUGAGCGUGCCGUUAACGCUCACAAAGCCCGCCACCAUUGAUACGCAUCCGCACGAUCAUUCGAGGGUAAGGUCCAGUGACGGUACGACCGGCCUCGUGAAGGUGAAGCAAGAAAUUAUCGAAGAAACCGACGAACUAGGAGCGAAAACAGAGCGUACGAAGCCGGAGCAAUCGCCUCGUCUACGACCACGCGUUAUCCCAAAGCGAGAACCGAACACAGAGGAUGUAAAACGGUCGCUAGCAUUAAUCAAUCCGUCAACCUCGGACACCACCAAUCCGUUGAGCUUGUUUCAGGACAUACGCGGCACACUGAUUAAGGAGGAGAUGAAGCGUGAAAUGAUGAUUAAGCCCGAUCCCGAUGCGAUGACCUGCUUUCUCAACGGUCAUCUUUAUGUGCGCCAGUUUGAGGAGCUCGAAACGCUCGAUUCUCCCGAAUGGAUAUGUGCUUUCCAGUGGACGCUCAAUUGUAACGCCCGGUUAAGCGAUCUUUCCGUGCACGCGCACGAACGUUUCGCAUCCGUGCGGACGAACGAUCGGUUUAACAUGCUUAAAACACUGAUCUCACGUGGUUUGAUUGGUCAGCGGGGCGCGAUAACGCAGAUGCCCGAACGGCAGAAAGUGUCUGAGUACGAGCUACUGCCUAGCAAUGGCAAUCUGUCGUUAAUUAUCGAUGAAAAUCGGUAUUACUUUUACAAAGCGAAGAACAACGGGGAAUGGCUGUGGCGUUGCGUACGGUACCGCUGGCAGGGGUGUAAGAUUGGUGUGGCCGUUUCGCAUUGCUUCGGGAAGUAUUACUACCAACCGUACGGCAACACGGAUCACGUACAUUCCUCGUAAAAGGGUGCGACAGCUGUG